AUGGGAAGCUUCCACUCCAUCCCAAGCCGAUCCGGGCGUCGCCGUACGAAUCGUUUGUCGAAACCGUUGACGAAGAAGGUGCCAUUCCUCAGCCCUAUCAGUCGCAAAUCACCGCCUAAGAAUUCGAACGUCACUUCCCCAGUAUUGCCUCGUUCUUCUCCCCGAAAAGACCCACUGAGCAGUGCUUCUGUCCCUGUCAGUCCGCCUGCGUCAAAUCACCAUGAUUCCCUGCCACAGUCGCUUCGCUCUGCACCAUCCCAAUCAAGAUCACUACGAAGAGUUUCCGGUUGGUCCGAGUCAAUCGCCGAAGAAAACCCAGAAGAGGAUCGCCAUGGUCUCCCAAGUCCGAAAUCUAGCGCUGCCGCCUCCAUGAGCAGGCGGUCUUCCCUUCGGCCAACCCGAAGGGCCUCUUUUCAGCCCGAAUCUUUACGCGAUGUUUUCCAACCAAGAAAUAGUCCGGCACAACCAAAAAGAUCUUAUUCACUUCAAUCGCUUCCUCAAAGCCCCAGAGGCACCAUCUACGAGGAUGCACUGGAGGAAGCCACGUCUUCCAACACGUAUUUCAUGGUGGAUAAUCAGCGGUUCUCCCUAACUCGACGACGCUCUCUACUCACGCGACCCGGAGUAGCUACAAGGAAACCGUCACGACAAUCCGUCAGAAGACUUUCUCCAUUAAUCAACCAAGAAUCCGAAAGCCCACCCGACGGGUUUGCUGAGAAACAGACAUUGUUGCAGCCACCGUUUCCCGAGACCGAAGAUGCAACCAUGAAAACUAUAUCCGCCUCUAACUCUACCCGUCCAGACACUCCGAGCGAUUUUGAGUAUACCCAUUUGGGUGCGCUCAAGCUGGGCUCUUUACGAGUUGUCAAUGGCUCUACGUCUCCGUCUUCCAGUGAUCGGACGCGCUUGAAUAUCCCUGGCAGCACGUCACCCGAGAACUCUUCUGAUGAUGUAUAUACAAAAGAGUCGAUGGUUCCAAACCACGCCAAUAGCCGAAAGCUCCAUGGCCAUAGGUCAAGCUCUGAAGACAAAUGGAAGAUGACAAGCAGCGAUACGUCUAUGUUUCAGCUCUCAGCGUCACCUGAUAAGGACGACGCCCCUGGAAGCCCUUUUUCCUUUGAGAGAUCACCGACGAUGGCGACAUUCCCGAGACACGCAUCAUUCCUUACACAAGAAGAGGAUGAGGGAAUAUCAUUACCAAACGAAACGAGUCCGAUCGAAGAUGGCGCUAGUCUUCUGUGGAAGGCCCAUAUGAGGUCUCACAAUCGAAAGAGGCAUUCGCAAUCUCUCGCAAAAGCCGACAGUGGCUACAGUUCCGCUACGUCCGCCCGCUCUUCACAAGAUAAGCCUACUAGGAGGUCCACAGACUCUCAACGACCAGGCAGGCAAUCCAAGGGGUCUCGCAAGGUCUCCGCCAGUUGUGGAUUUGAGGGACACGGAGAUCACGUCGAAAACUCCUUGGGUUUGAAUUACUUGGCUCCGAUUCGACGCCAUUCAAACCAUCAAGUUUCCAGGUAUGAUAGAUUGCAGCAGUUACAACCGGACACGCCGCUGCGGAGCCCCCGUUUUGCAGAUUCUACGGCUCUCAGGCACGCUAUGUCUUUUUCUCGGCCUUUUGGGCCGUUGAGCAGCCUCGAGGCCUCUAUCAAAGACGCCACCGAGGCGCCAAUUCCUCAGAGGCGACGGGCAGGCAGUAUCGGAGGCAGAGCGUCCCACUCCUACCAGAACUUUCAUGCUUUGAAUUCCCCCCGGUUAUCACGCCAUCAAUCGAUUUCUUUUGCCGGUAGUGAACAAAGGAUUCCUGGGAUUACGAGUGUAUAUAAAACUCGGGACUAUACUCGCUUCAACGAUGCAGACGCAGCCUCAUGCUACGAUCGUUUUGACUAUCGACCUCAGAACCAACCCAUUCACCGAUCAUCUACGACAAGGGCCAAGCAAACUAGAGCUGACAUGGUGAACGAGCAUUGCCAUCAGUCAAACAACAACAUGGGUGGUAAAGCCGUGUUGCCUAGACACAGCACUGAUUUUGCCCUGCGAAAAUCUAAUUCCUUCCUGGAACGAAUGGAACCCGUGCAAGAAACUGACUAUGGGACUCUAGCCGGAGGGUCUUGCGGCAGGGCCAGGAAUCCAAACAUUGAUGAACAGCAAAUCAAAUAUGCUCGACCUGUCAAACGCCGGAGUCUCAACAUGCCCACUUCCCCGUUUAUUUUCAAAUGA